UCCUCCUCCUCGCCGCCCAGGUUCGGCCGCCGGUCGCUGCUCACCUGGUGCUACCUUCAGAUGGGCGCCAUGGGGACGUGUUCCUCCUUCGCCCCCACUUUCACCGUCUACUGCCUCUUCCGCUUCCUCACCGGCAUGGCCUACUCCGGCCUCAUCCUCAACAGCGUCUCCCUCUCUUUGGAGUGGAUGCCCACUCGCACCCGGGCGCUGGUGGGGACCUUCAUGGGUUACUGCUACACCAUUGGGCAGUUCCUGCUGGCUGGGAUCGCCUACGCCAUCCCCGACUGGCGCUGGCUGCAGCUCAGCGUCUCCCUGCCCUUCUUCUGCUUCUUCCUCUACUCCUGGUGGUUAACAGAGUCGGCUCGCUGGCUGUUCAUGGUGGGAAAGCCCCACCAAGCCCUGAAGGAGCUCCGGAAAGUGGCCAGGAUAAAUGGGAAGAAAGAAGAAGGGGACAAGCUCGACAUAGAA